UUUCACGUGACUAUAUCCGGACACGGUCAUCGCUUUCGGACCAAAUUCAAGCAGUUUACUAGAACACUUUGGUCAUCUACUACCACCAAUUCCCGAAACAAGUCGCUGGUGAAGCGAGAGAACUGACGUGUUCGCUGCAAACCCGCAGGUGCCAUUUAUUUUCAAUGUUCACACGGGCUUCACGGUUUGGAGAGACGGGGCCAACGUCCCCGGUUACCACUCCACGGAAGCCCACAACACCAAAAAUUGGCACGCCAAAUACCCGUACUCCAAGAAAGACUCGUUCAGCCCUCGAUCUCCAAGCAUUUUCUCCCGAAAGAGAGCAGAACCGCACCGUGUCCGUGUCAUCUAAUCGAUCGAGCAAGGUCAUCGACUUUUUUGAUCAUUUGGGGGAAGCAGAGAAUGAAAGGCCAAGCUAUGCUGCGUGGAUGAUUGAAAAGGACGCGUUGGAGCGCAAGAUUAGAGACUUACAGCAACAAAAAGGUGAAUGGGAACAUCAGAUGCAAGCGAAAUAUAAACAGAUCGACUCUUUGGAAUCUCAGCUUCGACGGAGUGAGGAGCGAGUUCGACUAUUGACCAUUGACAACUCGACAUUGGGUGGCCGGGUCAGCAUGCUGGAGGACAGGCUAAAAGAAGAGCGUUCAAAAGAAUCGUCACUACUGUCCCACUCAGCAUUCCUCACACAGCGGGUGAAGGUGUUAGAAAAAAAGCUUGGGCGCGUAGAGCUAGAGCUAGACAAAAAGCAGGAUCAAAGCAAAAAGGAAAAUGACGUCCUCAAACGGUCGUCUUUGGUCAAUAUUAUGGGAGCGUCACGAAAGGGGGAUUCCCCAAGUCUCGAAAUUGCCCACCUGCGGGAUGAGCUAGCUAAAUUAGAAAAGGAAAAGCGCCUUUUCAACGCGAAACUGCGGGACAUACAAAAUAAACAUCAGCAAGAGAAACGACAAUUACAGGCUCAAGUCGCUAGUCUCCGCAACAUUCCAGCGAGCGAGCAGCAGCAUAUGGCGGCUGCGCUGCAAUCUGAGCGCCUGAGGUGGGAGAAGGAAAUGAAUACGUUGAGGCACGAAUUGGAACAGGCAAAACUACUGUUGGAGGAACGGGCCAAAGAUGACAACCUCAAUCAUGGGCCCUCGUUCAAAGCCGAUCAGCGACGGACAGCUGAGAUCGACCGAAGACUCUCUGGGUUUUCUGACAUAUCCGAUGCAUUCUCAUACAAAACAGAUGAUGAUAGCACCAGCCUUGCGACUCUGGAAAAUCUUUCCAUUGAAAUUCCGAGCUUGUAUAGAGCGACACAAAAUUAUAAUCCGACUACAGAGCAGCCUGGGCAUCUUGCUUUCCGUGAAGACGACUUGAUCCUAAUCCGCAAAAAGACCUCAGAUGAUACAUGGAUAGGGGAAUUGGACGGCAACAUUGGACUUGUCCCGGCUGGAGCGGUAGAAGAUGUCAAUCAGGUCGACUUCGAAUCAGCGGGAUUGGAUACUGUAAGCUUUCUAUUUCCUCCCUGGGGCAACGAGGCGCUUCAGUGGCUUUAAGGCUUUGUCUACGGGGUCGCGCAGGAAACAAGGAAGGUACUCAUUACUGCAUGAUUGAUGCAUUCUAGCUACCGCCACCGACCGAGUUGGCCUCGGAUUACUGUGAUAACAAGGUUCCCACGGCCAAGAAAGAUGCUUCUCCAGAACCGCCGUCAGGUCAAUGGUCUCUACCUUGGUGAUCUCACAAGCGCCCACAAGAGUAAUUGUUUAUAUAGGUGAAGCCAAUAAUGUGGAUUGUACAUGAUUACCAAAAGCGUAAUAGAAGCGACCGUACUGCAAGGGGUACAGGGAGCCUACUCGACCAAGUCACCAUAUUCAUUCCGCUUAAC